GAUUUACUUUCACUUACUCACUGUGGAACACUGUUUCAACAGCUUACACAGGAAGAAACUUGGCUUUGAAGAAACCAUCCAAUGCCAGCUCAACAUACAUUCAAUCGUGUCAACUAUAUACGUCAAGUGUUGUUGACGGGUCACCUUCAGGAGUAUUUAAUGACAUGACAUGUCACAGCGUUGGCUAUGGUGAUACGAAUCCCUGGUGGCAGGUGGACUUACAGGACGUCUACAGAAUAUCUAGAGUUGAGAUUGUUGGUCGUUCAGAUUGCUGUGCUGACAGGCUGCACGAUUUCACCAUCGAUGUGUACGUCGAUGACCCUGCCGUCACAGUGAGCGCCCAGCCCACGUUGUGUCACUACUACCACGGCGUCUUCAGGCCUACAACUCAAGACAUCAUGUGUGACUCUGUAGUUGCUGGGAGGUUUGUAAGGCUGUCAGGGAAGAAGACUCCACCCGCUGGAGACUUGUUUACAUUGUGCGAGGUUUCUAUCUAUGAACCAGAAAAGUAUGCUGCUCACUUCCGAAACACAAAUGUGUCACUGACUGGCUUGACUGUGGCAGCGUUACCCCUUGACCUCCUGAGCUGUGUCGUCAACUGUGUCACCGAUCCUCUCUGCAUAGCGGUCAAGAUGGUCAGACACGAGACACGCGGGUGUCAACUUAUUCAUCGGCAUGUUGACCCUGCUAGAACAACAAGAUUGACACUUUCAAAUUGCUUUGUCCCAACUUAAAAUGUUCAAAUGUAACUGCUUUGCUAUAGCUGGGGACAUAGGUAGCCCAGUUGUCCAAGGCUCUGCAAUUCGCUGUCCUUCGGUGUGUGCUCAUUGAUCCGAAUCUUAUUUCGCCCCCAUUGUAUUUGUAUGUUCGUCAGCACAAUAACGUGACACACCUGGCUUUCCUCUUACAUGAAGCUGAUAUUUCGUGAUAUAACUGAUAUACUGUUCAAAUCAGCGUUACACCUCACUCACUCACUCACUAACUCACUCACUCACUCACGUGUCUAUUUGACACUUGCCUAUUCAUGUUCUGUUUGCAAUGUGCAAUAUGUGUGUCACUAAAAUGUGCUGGAUCUACUUCGCCUUGAGAUACGGACUGUAAGAAAUGGAUUGCAUGAGGAGUACUUAGGUACAGUUAUUAUAGUCUCGCAAAUCAUUUACUGUACUUCAUGUAAACUCCAGCAAAUCACUUCCUUUAUAUAAAUGUGAACACAUGUCAAUCAGUCCUUGUAUUGCAAUUACUGCCGUUAAAUAAAUGUGCUCACUCCCGAAUCAGUUGCUUAGUAGGCGACUCUUCAGGAAAUAAAAAGGGUGAUGAUAGUGACAGGAUAUUGUGUUACCUCUGACAUUAUUCUGAUCGUGGACAGUCUCUGUUCUUCCAGGUUAAAAGCUGUGUUGACCUCUCUGUUUGUGCCACCUGCCAUGAGAAGAUAAUGAUGAGGAUUUCUUUAUCUGGACAGGUUAUUCUUGCCCGUAAUACCUCAUAUUGGAAUGGCCUUGUUUUAACCACCUUUUAAAGACUAGUUAUUUGUGAGUGUUAUAAACAUUUGUCAGCAGGGUACAGUAAGAAGAUCAGGCUAUAAAAUGGUUACCAAUUCGAAAUAUAACAUUAUCCUUUAAAUACUCCAUGUU